AGAAACGUGUAGUCAGGAAUUCCAGACAAUAUUUUUUUUUUAUCUAGAAACAUUAUUCUAGGGAGGUUUAUAUUUAGGUACUUAGCAGCCCUGAUGGACACGCGUCAAACGUCAAAAUUGGUAAAUUCGGCGUAAACAUGGACGGUCAACCAUUGGAACCUACAUUGUACACAGUCAAAGGAAUGGCCAUCCUUGACAACGAUGGCAACAGGAUACUGGCAAAGUAUUAUGACAAGAAAGUAUUUCCAACAUCAAAGGAACAGAAAACCUUUGAAAAGAAUCUGUUCAGUAAAACACAUCGGGCAAACGCCGAGAUAAUUAUGUUGGAUGGUUUGACUUGUGUCUACAGAAGUAACGUAGAUUUGUUUUUCUAUGUGAUGGGCAGUUCGCAUGAAAAUGAAUUGAUCUUGAUGAGUGUUCUAAACUGUUUGUAUGAUUCAGUCAGUCAGAUUCUCAGGAAGAAUGUGGAGAAGAGAGCAGUGUUGGAUAGCUUGGACAUAGUAAUGCUAGCGAUGGAUGAAAUUUGUGAUGGAGGUAUAAUUUUGGAUGCGGAUGCAACAAGUGUAGUGCAGAGAGUAGCACUGCGAACAGAUGACAUUCCACUUGGAGAACAAACAGUAGCACAGGUAUUACAAUCGGCUAAGGAACAGCUUAAAUGGUCAUUAUUAAAAUAAAUUAUAUAUAUUUUUUUAAUAAUUUCUCAUAUGAGAACAUGUUUGCAAUAUAUACUAUUAUUGUAUAAUAUAAUAUAAGAAUUUAAUGGAAAUGCCUAUAUAAGAAAU